GGCCGCUGUUGCUUGCUGUUGGUAGUGUCUUGUGUGCUGAAAAAUUACAGGAGCAGAGAGCAGUAGCAGGUGAGGACUAAGGAAGCUUAGAAAGGGGGAGGGGAAAUGUCUUCAGGGGUUGGAAAGGAGGUUGUAGAUGCCUCCUCGGUGGUUACUAAGGGUGAUAUGAAAGAUUUGCUAGAGAAUUUGUUGAAGAUGGGCAUGAUAGGUCCGAAGAGUGUAGCAGGGGGAUUCGAAGUGAAACUAGAAUUGAUGCCAAAUGAGUUGAGGUUGGAGGGGAGCAAAAAUUAUUUGAGUUGGUGUAGGAGAGCCCAACUGAUGUUGAGAGCAAAAGGGGUGGAUCAUUUUUUACUAGAGAGUUGUGAAGAACCUUCUGAUAAGGAGAGCCAAGCAUGGAGGACGUGGAAUACUACAAAUUCCACUGUGGUAUCUUGGCUGAUGACCUCGGUGGCUCCUUCUAUUGGCAGGAUGAUAGAAGCUAUCCAGAAUGCUGCAGUUGUAUGGAAGACGCUGAGCAACAUGUAUUCAGGAGAGGGAAAUGUAAUGAUGAUGGUUGAGGCUCAGAACAAAGUGGAGAAUUUGAAGCAAGAGGGGAGAACAGUCCAAGAGUACGCUAGCGAGCUGCAACAGUUAUGGGCAGAUCUUGAUCACUAUGAUCCCCUACAAUUGAAACAUGAGGAUGACAUUGUGAUUGGAAAUAAAUGGCUGCAGAGGCGAAGAGUCAUUCAUUUCUUGAAGGGGUUGAACAAGGAGUUUGAGGAUAGGAGAGCAGCUAUGUUCCACCAAGCUACAUUGCCCACUAUGGAAGAGGCCAUUUCAGCAAUGGUGCAAGAAGAGAUGAGAUUGAGGUUGAUGAGAGGUACAAAUCCUAUAAGAUCAGCAUACAUUGCAGCUGAUAAUAGGGAAUGCUACAAUUGUGGGCAAGUGGGUCAUGUGAGCUACAAUUGUCCCACUUCCCGGAACAUUGGUGGUAGGGGAUCGAUUCGAGGAGGGCAUGGUGGAACUCGUGGUGGAUUUAGAGGAGACCGUGGUGUUUUUGGGGGAAAUCGUGGUGGUAGAGGAGGUGAUCGUGGAGGUCGUGUUGGAGGUCGUGGUAGGGGCAGAGGUGUUCCUCAGGCCAAUGCAGUUAAGGAGGAUGGGAAAGCUGUUACCCUAAUAGGUGAACAAGUGACACAAUGGGAGGAAUGGCAGAAGAACAAGACCAAUGAGAGCUCUAACACCACCACUCACUUUGGUAACUUCGCCAACUACGCCCAAGUGGGCGAAGGAGAAGGGGACUGGGAGGAGGAUUGGGACUGGAGUCAGGCGUGAUGGGUUGUGGUACAUCAAUCAUGAGGAACUGGGACUAGCUGCGGUGGUUGGAGAUGUUGAGAAGGAGAUCAGUUUGCUUCACUGUUAGUUAGGACAUCCAUCUUUUGAGAUUUUGAGUAAGUUGUAUCCAGACCUCUUUAGUAGAGUGGAUAAGCAUAGAUUGGUGUGUGAUGCUUGUGAGCUUGGCAAACA